AUGCUGCCGCUCUGGGGGCCACUGCUGUGCUGGGCACUGCUGCCCCAUGCCCAGGGGAAGGUCCACGGGCCGCUCUUCCUGCGGGUCUCCAAGAAUCAGCUGCAAACAGACAUCUCAGGCCUGUUUGCAGAGCACCAGAUCCUGAGCCGCGUAGUCAGGAUGCCGGUGACGGCGGCCCCCGGUGAAGGGGUGGCUGUCCUGGACCACCUGCCCUUUGUCAGCAAAGGCCUGUCCAAGAAGAGCGGUGGGCUGGCCCUGUCGCUGGCCGGGGACCUGCUCUCGGGGAAGAGCCUCCCGCUGCAGGCGGGCCGGUUGGUCAUAGAAGAUGCCAAGGGACCCGAGGUCUCCCUGCAGAUCCUGAGCGACAGCCUCCUGCAGGUCACGUUGCGCUGCAAGCUGUACCUCUCGCUCCAGGGGGUCCUGUGGCUCAGAGUCAUCAAGAACAUUCGCGUCGGAGUGCGGCUGGAGCAGACGGGGAACUCCACCGGGGUGGCCGUAGAGGAGUGCCACACCCCGCCAGGGAGCCUGGGCCUACGGAUCCUGGAGAGGACAGACUCCCUCCUGGCGAACAGACCUCUGGAGUUGGUGGCCGGGGUCCUGGACCACUCCUUGCCCUUCCUCCUGCAGCAGAUAGUGAGUGUGCCCCCGGCCUCGGCCCUGCUCAGCUCCCUGCUGGAAGGCCUGCUGGACUCCGUCCUCCCCCCGUCCACCUCGGGCCCAGACGACUUCCAGUACUACGUCACCACCACCGAGUUCACGGAGGAUGCCAUCCUGAUGAGAGUCCAGCUUGUGACCCCCUGUGGCCCAGGCCAGAGGACCCCAAGGCCUGAGUACCUGCCCCCGGAACCCCUCCCGAGAUUAGCCCCCGGCAGCGUGGCAGACCUGGUCUUUUGGCUGGAACUCUACAAUGACAUCCUGUCCUGCCUCUACGUGAGCCAGGAAGUUCACGUGGCCCCCCAGGACCCCGCGGCUGCUGACCUCGUCCUGCUGCUGUCGCUGGGGGAGCUGGAGGCCCGGCCCACGGCUUCUAACCGGUCCAGAGGGAGCGUGGGACUGACCAUCAGCACUCCGGAUCCUCCCACCAUCCGCCUGGAUGGCCACACAGCCGCGGCCGUCCAGCGGGGCUCCCUGGUGCUGCGGGGGCCCAGCAGCACGGCCCUGGCCUCCGUCUCCUGGAAACUCCUUUCGAAGGCUGCAUUUUCCUGGAGAAAUCAGGAAUUAAAACUCCAGCUUCUUCCCAGCAGGGCCGAGGUCACCCUGGGCCCUCAGCCCACUGUUCUCAAGGAGCAGGAGGAGUGGCUGAAGGCUCUUCUCUCCCGGCUUCUGCAGAGGAGGCUCCUGCCCCAUCACAACGGACUGCAGAGUAAAGGAGCAGGUGGAGGCGCCAGUGCCUGCCAGACUGAGACCUGGUGGCCAGGGAAGGCUCUGGCCCGAGCGAUGACACCUGUAUCUGAGAAGGGGCCGCCUGGGGGCCGCGGAGGGCAGCCAGGGAAGCCCAGGGAGGCAGCCAGAGGGUGCAGGGAACGGGGUGAGCCCGCGAGAGCUUCUCUGAAGCGUGCCCGCCGGGCAGGGCAGGGCCAGAGCCCCGGGGACGUCUGGAGGGCUGACCGCAAGCAGCGCCCAGGGCGGAGCGGCGGGGCCUCGGCAAGGUCUGAGGGCAGAGGGAGGCCACGGCGGCCUCCGCUGCCUCCCACCCCGCCGCCUGGUGAGGACAGUCGGCCAGCGGCACACGCGCCUCCCCUGGGCCGGGUGGGCUGGAGAGCGGCAGCGGGGCCAGCGGGGCCUCGAGCUCGAUGGACUGGCCAAACCGCCAUGGCGGAGACUGAAGUCCCGCGUGCGGGCUGCUCGCGAACCGAAGCCCGCCCGGGGCCGCCUGCCCUCCGCGCUCUGGGCGGCGUCGGAUCCCUGUCUGGGGCUGGCCGCCUGCCGCUCCUGGCCUUUGGGGAGCAGCGUUUUCGGCCAUCCCCGUCCGUAGAGGCUGGAGAGACGCCUGGACGCGGUGCGGCUCCAGGGGCAGCGCCCGCCCAGCGCGCCCAGGGCCCUCCACCCGCACCGCGGGGAGGACACGCCAGGAGAUCGCGGUCCCAGUUCCUGACCGUCCCUCGGCCGGGCCUCGGCCCCGGGCAGAGCCGCACCCGGGACUGGCCGGCCGGGCUGCUCGGGCCGCCUGACGGGUGGAGAUGGGGAGGCCGGGCCUCCGCCUGCCCCACGCACCCCUCCGCCUGCCCCACGCACCCCUCCGCCGCCCCACGCACCCCUCCGCCUGCCCCACGCACCCCUCCGCUGCCCCACGCACCCCUCCGCCUGCCCCACGCACCCCUCCGCUGCCCCACGCACCCCUCCGCUGCCCCACGCACCCCUCCGCCUGCCCCACGCACCCCUCCGCUGCCCCUUGCAGAGCAGCUCAGAGGACACGGCCUCCCGCUGCCCAGCAUCAGCGGCAUCUCCUUCGACCAGGCCCGCGGGGACCUGUCCCAGGACUAUCUGCUGCUGACCGUUCCGGAGUAG